AUGGCAGAUGAAUUCAAAAGUAAUGCGCCUGCUCCCACUCAAGGGGCAGCGCUGUCUGAUAGUAGACCCCCUACAGUUAGUCAGGGAGAAAGAGUAGUGAAAAGGAAGGAAUUGGGAAGGUUCACAUGUUUCGGCUUUGCUCUAAGGCAAGACACUGCCCACCCUCAACGUGCAACUAAAGGUCUCGAUUCAACCAUUCACGCUUCACUCCCUAUUUUAAUUUUCCGUAAAGACGAGUUCAAAGAAGGGCUAGAAUGUGCGGUUUGCUUGUGUGAGCUUGUAGAAGGAGAGAAAGUUAGGCUGUUUCCUAAAUGUAACCAUGGCUUCCACGUUGGUUGUAUUCAUAUGUGGUUUCAAUCACACUCCACUUGUCCUCUUUGUAGAAACCCCAUUUUUGUUGGUGGUGAGUUUAAGAAUUCAAGUCACCUUUCUCCAAAUGAUGGUUCGGGUUCGAGGUAUUCAACAGAUUCUCCUAAUUUCCCUACAAAUGUGUUGUUUUGGGGUAAUGACACGCAGGUUAGUAGCGGUGGUGCCUAUUUGGAAGAGGGUGCUUCAGCAUCAUCUUCUUCUAAUAGUUCCUCAGCCAUGGCAUCUACCAGUGGUAGGCAAGAAGGGAUGUUGAUGAUUGAUGUUCCAACGAAUGGAAAUGAGAAUUCACCAGAGGAGGAAUCAAGGUGUGAAAUGCCUACAAGAUAA